AAACAACUCUUGUUUUACAACGGACACACAAUGAAAAGCUGUAUCACGCCGUUCAGUUGUGGUAUUGUGAGUCUGAUUCGGUGCACACUGUUUUGAGUUUGUUCGUUUGAGCCUAUUUUGUUGAUGCACAUUUCAGUGAGAUAACGGCCGCGUUUCUUUUUUGUUUCUCUCUCUCUACUGUAUUUAAUGAUUAAAUUUGGAAAUACUUUGGUGGUGCGGUCCACAAACACAGAGACUGGAUUGAUUGUGCGAGUGUCCGUGAAAGUGAUCAAGAGAAUGUAUAGAUCCGCGUUUGUGUGCCAAUUUAUUCACACCCAUUAACACUGACAACAUUAUCGUGGUGUCUGUGACAUGUAUUCCAUUGUCGUUGUUUAAUUCUCGGCCUGCAGUAAUCAGUGAUCGUUAAUGUCCUUUCGAGCAUCUCACUCAUUUCGCUCAGUUUGAUUAUGUCGUUUCAUCGAUAAACAUCACAUAAUUCGACGACUCGUCUCACUUCUUCAACGAUUUUUCGUUGCACAAGUUCUAAAUCGAAACAUAUUUUCUGAAGAAAAAUAAACUGACAAAAGUUUUCAAGUGCUUUUUAAUCAAUGACAAAUUUACAAGCCUUAAUAGUUUGUUAAACAAAAAGAAGGAUAAAAUCAAAACGACAUUGAACGAAAAAUUUGAAAAAAAAUUAUUUUUCCAACGAAGUGAAUUGUGACAAAAUUGUAUUUUAUAUCCCUAAAAAUUAUUUGAAAACAAAAUUAAAGCGAAAUAGAAAGAAAAAAUGGUUGAACCACAGAUUACGGUGACUCAGAGUGAGCCAACGAUAAAAGCCAGCAUGAUCGUUGUGUCGAAUCGUUUGCCAUUUGUACUGAAGAAAGAUCCAAAAACUGGUGAACUUUCACGUUGUGCCAGCGCUGGUGGUUUGGUAACAGCUGUUGCUCCAGUUGUAAUAAAAGGUAACGGUUUAUGGGUUGGAUGGCCAGGUAUUCAUAGCAAAGAGCCAUUGGGCGAAAUUCCUGAAUCAGAUCCAAGCGAUCAAACUCCAACUGCUGGCUUACGUUCGGAUCAGGUGGUUUGCGUUGAGGCGAAUCCAACUGAAUUCGAUUCAUAUUAUAAUGGAUGCUGUAAUGGUACUUUUUGGCCACUUUUCCACUCAAUGCCAGGUCGUGCCGCAUUCUCAGCCGAUGACUGGCGAAACUAUGUCAAAGUCAACAAAUUGUUUGCAAUGAAAACGAUCGAAGCCUUGGAAAAGUGUCACAAACGAAACACAGCCAGUCAAAACGUUCCGAUCGUAUGGAUUCACGAUUAUCAACUGAUGUUGGCUGCUAAUUGGGUGCGCGAAGCUGCAGAAGAGAGAAAUUUACCAUGUCAAUUGGCAUUUUUCUUGCACAUUCCAUUCCCACCAUGGGACAUCUUCCGUUUGUUCCCAUGGGCCGAUGAAAUUCUUCAAGGCAUUUUGAGCUGUGAUAUGGUCGGUUUUCAUAUUCGCGACUAUUGCUUGAACUUUGUUGAUUGCUGUCAACGGCAUUUGGGAUGCCGUGUUGAUCGCAAAAAUCUUUUGGUUGAACAGAAUGGCCGUUCAGUUCGGGUUCGACCACUUCCAAUCGGAAUCCCAUUCGAUCGUUUCGUCGAUUUAGCCAGAGGCGCCAAGAAGAUAUUCAAAACACAACAGAAAAUCAUUCUCGGCGUUGACAGAUUGGAUUACACAAAAGGUUUGGUGAAUCGCUUAAAAGCGUUCGAAGUUUUGUUGGAGAAGCAUCCAGAGCACCGUGAACAAGUUUCAUUGUUGCAGAUUUCGGUACCAUCACGUACCGAUGUGUCGGAAUACCAGCAGCUCAAAGAAGAAAUGGAUCAAUUAGUCGGUAGAAUAAAUGGUCGAUUCACCACCGCCAACUGGUCGCCAAUCCGUUACAUUUUCGGUUGUGUUGGACAACAAGAGCUUGCCGCUUACUAUCGUGAUGCUGACGUCGCUUUGGUCACACCAUUGCGAGAUGGUAUGAAUUUAGUGGCCAAAGAAUUUGUUGCAUGUCAAAUCAAUCAACCGCCGGGUGUUCUGAUUGUUUCCCCAUUCGCUGGUGCUGGUGAGAUGAUGCACGAAGCUUUGCUUUGCAAUCCAUAUGAAAUUGAUGAGGCUGCUGAGGUUAUUCAUCGUGCGUUGACGAUGCCAGAAGAUGAGAGAUCAUUGCGAAUGAACCGCUUGAGGCGUCGUGAAAUGGAGUGUGAUGUUAAUUUCUGGAUGCGAUCAUUCUUGAAAGCAAUGGGUUCGAUCGAAGAGGACGAUGUUGGUGUCACAAGAAUGCAACCAGUUUCGGUUGAUGACUUUGACUAUUUGCUCAAUUAUAUCGGAUACAAUCAAAAGUUGGCAUUGUUACUUGAUUACGAUGGUACUCUUGCACCGAUUGCACCACAUCCAGAUCUGGCCAUUUUGCCACACGAAACCAAAAAUGUGAUCCAACGAUUGUCGAACCACUCAGAUGUAUUUGUAGCUGUAAUCUCAGGCAGAAAUGUCGAAAAUGUAAAGAAAAUGGUUGGAAUCGAAGGGAUCACAUAUGCUGGUAAUCAUGGUUUGGAAAUUCUUCACGCUGACGGGAGCAAAUUCGUUCAUCCAUUGCCAAUGCAGUACGAAGAUAAAGUCAGUGAUUUGCUUAAAGCGCUACAAGAAUCGGUUUGCAGAGAUGGCGCUUGGGUUGAAAAUAAAGGUCCAUUGUUGACUUUCCAUUACCGUGAUACACCCAACGAAUUGAGACAGGAGCUAGUCGAAAAAACUAAAAGCAUCAUUGAAGCAUUCGGUUUCAAUGCCACUGAAUCGCAAUGUGCCAUUGAAGCGAAACCACCGGUUCAAUGGAAUAAAGGUCGUGCUUCGAUUUACAUUUUGCGAACGGCAUUCGGUGUCGAUUGGUCGGAACGUAUCAAAAUUAUUUACGCUGGUGACGACGCAACCGAUGAAGAUGCCAUGUUGGCGCUCAAAGGUAUGGCAGCUACAUUCCGUGUUACAUCAUCGCAUAUUGUGAAAACAUCAGCCGAGCAUCGUUUGCCAUCGACAGAUUCCGUACUCACAAUGUUAAAAUGGGUUGAACGGCAUGUGAUGCGACGCAAACCACGAGCCAAUUCACUAACCUACCGCCACAAAAAGAAUGAUGGUGUCACAAUGCAGGUAUCGUUCGAUAUGGCACGACUGGCUCUUCAAAAUUCCGCCGCAAACAGCAAUUGUAAUAGCAAUCACAAUAGCGGUUCCGAGGAUGAUUUGGUUUAGCACAUUUUCACAUAUAUUCAUUUACAAAUUGAAAGAGAAUCCUACUUGUUGAGAUGUUGUUCGCAGUAAACUCAGUUUAGAUGCUCUUUCCACUCAAACUUUAUUUGUUAAGUGUGUAGUUAAUGUUAUUUUUAAAGAGAAAAAAAUCGAUAAAAAACAAUUCACAUAGUUUAGUAAUAGAUUACGAGUUAGCACUAGUCUGAACAAAUUUUUAUGGAAAACAAAAGGAAAAUAUUGAAUAAACGAAUUUUGAUAUACUUUGCUAAA